CCAGUUGUUAUGCACCUUAGACCUUAGCCUCCAUCUUUCGUCUAUAUAAACAAUACCUUCUCUCUUCUUCCCUCCCCACAACCACCAUUUUUCUCUCUAAAACCAUUCACUUGCUCUCUGUGCAGUGUGCACCACCGUCGUAAGCCACCAUGCCUGAGGCUGAGGCACCGAACAACGGCUCCACCACCCUGACGGACUACAAUCUCACCGAGAAAAACAAAAAGUGUCUUCAAUUCAUCGAAGACGUCACCUCGAACCCCGACAACGUCCAACGACAGAUCCUUUCCGAAAUCCUCACCCAAAAUGCCAACGUCGAAUACUUAAUCCGCCAUGGUCUUUCCGGCUACACUGAUCGUGAAACGUUUAAAAAACUUGUCCCUGUUGUUACCUAUGAAGAUCUCCAAAACGAUAUUACACGGAUCGCAAAUGGCGAUAAAUCCCCGAUUCUUUCCUCCCACCCGAUAUCCGAAUUCUUAACAAGUUCUGGGACAUCUGGAGGAGAGAGAAAACUGAUGCCCACCAUUGAAGACGAGCUGGGAAGAAGGUCUUUAUUAUACAGUCUUUUGAUGCCAGUGAUGAACCGGUUUGUACCCGGUUUGGAUAAAGGCAAAGGCAUGUAUUUUCUAUUUAUAAAAUCCGAAGCAAAAACCCCCGGUGGGCUCGUGGCCCGACCCGUUUUGACAAGUUACUACAAAAGCUCCCAUUUCAAAGAAAGACCUUACGACCCGUAUACAAAUUACACGAGCCCGAACGAAACCAUUCUUUGCCCCGAUUCGUAUCAAAGCAUGUAUUCCCAAAUGCUUUGCGGGUUGUACCUAAACAACGAAGUUCUUCGGGUCGGGGCGGUUUUUGCUUCGGGAUUCAUCCGGGCUAUUCGGUUUUUAGAAAAGCAUUGGAAUCUUUUGAGCCAUGAUAUUCGCACGGGUACUUUGAAUUCAAUUAUCACCGACCCGUUGGUGAGGGAAUCCGUGAUGAAAAUCUUGAAACCCGACCCGAAUCUUGCCGAUUUUAUCGAACUCGAGUGCUCAAGGAAGUCAUGGCAAGGGAUUAUUAUGCGAUUAUGGCCGAACACAAAGUAUGUCGACGUUAUCGUUACCGGGUCCAUGGCUCAGUAUAUACCAACUCUUGACUACUAUAGCAAUAAACUCCCUCUUGUGUGCACAAUGUAUGCAUCUUCUGAGUGUUAUUUUGGGGUUAAUUUGAACCCACUUUGUAGCCCUAGUGAGGUUGCGUACACACUCAUUCCCACCAUGGCAUAUUUCGAGUUCCUACCUGUUCAUCGCAACAAUGGCGUGAGCACCACGAAAGGUGAUGAGAAAGAGAGGCAACAACUUGUCGAUCUCGCAGACGUUAAACUCGGUCAAGAAUAUGAACUCGUUGUCACCACUUACGCAGGUCUUUACAGGUAUCGAGUUGGUGAUAUUCUUAGAGUCGUUGGAUUUAAGAACAAAGCACCUCAAUUCAGUUUCAUUUGUAGAAAGAAUGUGGCAUUGAGUAUUGAUUCAGACAAGACUGACGAAGUGGAGCUACACAAAGCAGUGGAGAACGCGGUUAGCCACAUGGUCCCAUUUGGUGCGACAUUGACCGAGUACACGAGCUAUGCUGACACAACCACGAUCCCUGGUCACUAUGUGAUCUUUUGGGAGGUUAGCCAAAAUGGGUUAACUCCGGUUCCAGCUUCGGUGUUUGAAGAUUCUUGUCUCACGAUUGAAGAGUCGUUGAACAGUGUUUAUAGGCAAGGGCGAGCUUCGGAUAAGUCCAUAGGAGCAUUGGAGAUCAAGAUUGUUGAAAACGGGACGUUUGAUAAAUUGAUGGAUUAUGCUAUAAGUUUAGGUGCUUCGAUUAAUCAGUACAAGACUCCGAGGUGUGUAAAGUUUGAGCCGAUUAUAAAACUGUUAAACUCGAGGGUUGUGUCGAGUUAUUUUAGCCCAAAGUGUCCAAAAUGGUUUCCGGGGCAAAAGCAAUGGAGUAAUGUUCAUUGAUUAUGAAUGUGGAUGGACUUGAUUAUAGGUAGGAGUUUAAGAAAAAAAAUGAUGUUGUUUAUAUCAUUUAACAUCUUUAAAUGUUAUGGUAGUAUUUUCAAGUAAGGUAUGUACAAAAACAAUUUGGGAAUCGAAAAGUUGGUUAUGUCUUGUUCA